AUGUCAUACGACGAUCUGGGGUUGACCCACCAACUAAUGGACAGAGCCAAGAAUCACCUAUCGCGCGUUUCACCAUAUGGCUAUACACCCGAGAAAUCAGCUGGGAUUGCGUACAUAGUCGUGUUUGCUGUGCUGGCACUGGUUCAUAUUGGUCUAGGGAUCAGAUACAAAUAUUGGCUGGUGUUUGUGACGCUAAUACCGGGGACAUUCUUGGAAGUCAUAGGAUGGGCAGGUAGAUUAUGGUCGGCUUAUAAUGUAUUGAGAGUCACCCCUUUCUUGAUGCAGAUUGCUUCCCUCAUUAUUGGUCCAGCCUUCUACUCCGCUUGGGCUUACACCAUUCUUGGAUACUGCAUCACCCAGCUAGGUCAUGCCUACUCGCUUCUUAGACCAAGAAUGUACCUGGCCGUGUUCGUUACUGCGGACGUUAUCUCUUUGAUUGUCCAAGCUAUAGGUGGUGGCCAAGCCGCUGUAGCCGCUCAGAACGGUACGGAUACUGAUAAAGCUACGAAAAUCAUGCUGGCUGGUAUCUUAUUUCAACUCGGUACAAUGGCAAUUUUCGUUGCAUUAGCCAGUGAUUUUAUCAUCCGAGUUGUAUUCCGCAAGCCAUAUUCGCACCUCAAACGCAAAUACCACAAUGACCCAACUCCCAACGGAGAACCGAAAUCAUCGGAAGGAAAUGCUUCACCACCUCCACAAGCUCUUCCUGAUGACAUGGGAGGAACAGUGCGAACGGAUGAGGUUAAAAGAGGUGAAAGAUUAUUAGCGGGAGUCGCAUUCGCUUCAGCUAUGAUCUUCGUAAGAGGUAUUUAUAGAUCGAUCGAGUUGGCCCAAGGAUGGUCAGGAUACCUCAUCACCCACGAGCCAUAUUUCAUCUAUCUGGAUGGUCUACCCAUGGUAUUGUGUCUGGUCGCAUUUGCGGUCGCUCAUCCCGGAUGGCUUUUACCCAGACGAAGGGGGUGGUUGAGAGCGUGA